CAGUAUAAAUAGCCAGAACAAAUUUAAAUCAGUUAGCAUUUUCGUGAUACAUUCCAACACCUGGUGAAUAAUUGUGACACACACACUUAGUGGCAUUUUGUGUCUCGACCAGCAUCAACACACCAUAUUCAGUAACAAUUUUUAAGUGCGAACCAAAUUGAAACGGGGAACAAAGUGAUCUCAAAAUUGUUGUGUGACAGCUGUGACGAUUUCGUUAUAUACCUAGCUCAUCGAACUGAAUCUUAAAAUGAAAUGCGAAACAUCUGUUUUACUGAUUCUUUGUAUUGGGUAUGUAUUCAGUGCACCACAAGGCGGUGCCCAAACCACGGAGCCCAUACCAAUUUUAUCGCAAGAGUCAAACAUUGAACCUGAUGGAUCGUAUCAAUAUAGGUAUGAGACUGGCAACGGAAUUAAGGCUGAAGAGGUAGGUACAUUGAAAAAAGCUUCCAGUCCAGACAGCAAUGAUGCCGUUAUUGCUCAAGGUUCAUAUUCAUACACCAGUCCAGAGGGUCAAGUUAUUACGCUAACUUAUGCUGCUGACGAUGUUGGUGGAUUCCAGCCACAGGGUUCGCACUUACCAACGCCACCACCAAUACCACCAGAAAUUCAAAAAGCCGUAGAUUAUUUACUAUCGUUACCACCAUCAAAUAAUAACCAGUAAAACAAGCGCACAAUCGAAACAAACCGUGAGAUAAGAGGGAAGGAACAUUUUGUUUUGCACCCCCCGCCCCCGAAGUCAUCGAAACAAUCAACAUAAUGCCUUUUUUUAAUCUUAAUUUUUUCAAACCAAACUACGAAACAACAACAAAAUAACCGUUAGACCACACUAUAACCAAUAUAUAAUAGCAACACUGCAUCUAUUUAUCCACAAAUGACAUCGAUAAUUAUUAUUAUAUGUAAUUAUUCGUUUUGCUUUGAACACUUUUAUGAUAUCGCAAUAAAUGUUCCCAAUUUACAUU